AUGCCUCUUGAGGGUCAGGAAGGGACGACGCGUCGUUUUCUGCAACACUUUUUUUCCAUUUUGGAUGCUCGUGAACAGCAGUCGGCAUCGUUAGCGCGGGGUGGGAGGGAAGAGUUGUCUUCCCUGCUCCAAUUGAGGCAACGCACAGCCAUUGGGAAUUUGUUUCCAGAGUGGGUGCGUCUGCUUCUCACACAGCCACCGGGCCAAAGUAAAGGCAGUGUUCAUGUUGACAAGGGUCGUCGUGGGGGUGGUGCAAGCGCUGGGACGACUUCUUAUUAUCUUGACAGCAACAUGGCGGAACGGUGGUUUGCGUUUCCGCACCUUGCGCUUCUUUCCUCAGUGUGGGCGACGCAACGUGUUCCUCCUCCGCUUCGAGCGACCCGCCAUCGCCUGCUGCACCACCUGCAACAACGGUAUGAAAGAAGCACGAAUGAGAGAGAGAAAUGCGGCGUCUUUGCGGAUGACUUUAUGCGUUCCCUAUCACAGCACAGCAACUCGGAUGGACGCAGCGUGGAGUAUUCGUCGUUCAUGAACGCUGUACAAUCCCUCUUCCCGCACCACCAGUCUAGCCAAUGCCACCAACAUCCACCUGUUGCAUUGGUAGCGGCGGCGCUAUUCAGUGAAUGGUGUGCCGUUGCCGAAGGCGGUGACGCAUCCUUUGCCUCCACGCGUGUGCUGCUCAAAGUCAUUGCGGAUGACAUUGCUGCUUAUAGUGCUACGAUUAACGGCCCCGCGCGUGAACCGGAUGAAGGCGUAAACACUUUGGUUGUUGUAGGCACGCUUGCUGGUUUGGCCUGCGCAUACCCCAUGACUACUGCAACACGAGCCGGUUUGGACAAGGGGUUUUCCGUACAACAGGGACGCAAGAGAAAACGAGUUGGCGAUUCGGAUGACGAAUACGAUGAUGAUGACGAGGAGGAGGAGGAGGAGGAGGAGGAAGAUGAAGAGGAGGAAUACGGAAGUGACGACAAUGUGGAUGGCGACUAUGGCGCGGAUGACGAGGAGUUGAACAAAAGUAGUACCAAGACGGAUGGUUACGGCGAUUUGUGGAGGUCGCAGCGCCGCCAGCUGAACUCUUACAUUAGACGGAACACCACUGCCUUCCGUGUCCCAUUAGCCUCUGUCUUGCUGAACAUUUUUCAUGUUAGGCACGACGGCACAGGGGACGCCAUGAUGGAGUGUCAUGUCACUCCUGCCCACCCCAGUGAGGUCCACUGUCGUCGCGGUGAGCUUCGCUGGUUCAUUGUGGGCGAAUCGAAACGUCACCGGAAUAUGUUGGAGUCAAAAUGA